AUGGACCUGUCAAGAGGAAUAGUCGGCUGGGAAGAUGGCAAGGAUCCUCAGAAUCCAAGGAAUUACCCUCCUUCUCGGAAAUGGUUUCUUCUAGGUAUCGUCAGUAUCGUCACCUUGAUUAGCCCAUUUGCGUCUACCCUCUUUGCUCCUGCAGCUGAAUACGCCGCGCAAGAAUUCGGCAACGCCUCGUCUGUACUGGGUACCCUAGCGGUCACAGCUUAUCUAUUCGGCUACGCCGUGGGACCUCUCUUCCUAUCACCGCUAAGCGAGCUAUACGGCCGCAGAAUUGUUUUGAACGUGGCAACCACGCUGUUCGUUUUAUUCCAGAUUGGAUGUGCCCUUGCCCCAAACAUCGCCUCGCUCAUUGUCUUCAGAACCAUUACCGGAAUGGGCGGGUCUGCUUGUCUCACAAUUGGUGGCGGUGUCAUAUCUGAUCUCUUCGCCCCCGAGCAACGAGGGCUGGCCAUGUCGAUUUUCUCGUCGGGGCCCCUACUUGGGCCUGUCAUUGGUCCUAUUUGCGGUGCCUUUAUCGCCCAGGAUGUUGGAUGGCAGUGGAUCUUUUGGGUGCUCGCCAUCACAGGCGGCACCUUUACGACUUUUGUUGUCAUUUUCAACCGCGAAACUAACCCAGUAAUCCUAAUGGAGCGCAAGACACGCAAGCUGCAAAAGGAGCUGGGCAGACCUGAGCUGCGGAGCUGCUAUGAAAACAAAGACCAACCGCGGAUUAAAACCAACACGGCCGCCGUCAGCUUCCUACUCAACCGCCUAACAACCCCGAUUCAACUCCUCAUUUACUCCCCCAUCGUCACCCUCAUCGCCCUCUACAUCGCUGUGCUCUACGGCUGCCUCUACCUUCUUUUCACCACAGUCACAACCGUCUUCAAGGACACAUACCACUGGCCCCUCUCCACCAGCGGCCUCGCCAACAUCGGCCUUGGCCUUGGCUUCCUCACAGGCCAGAUAAUCUUCGGCCUCACAAGCGACAAAGUCCUGAAACGCCUCAAAUCCCGGAACAAAGACAGCAACAACAACAACAACCCCGAAAUGCGUCUCCCCCCCGCCAUAAUCUUCGCCCCCCUGGUCCCAAUCUCCUUCUUCUGGUACGGCUGGUCCGUCCAGAAACCCACGCACUGGAUCGUGCCCAUCAUCGGCCUGGCCCCCUUCGGCGUCGGCAUGAUCGGGAUCUUCAGUACGCUGCAGACCUACAUCAUCGACAGUUAUCCACGGCAUGCGGCGUCGGGCAUUGCGGCAAUUACGGUCACCCGCUCGCUGUUUGGCGCAUUACUCCCGCUUGCUGGGACCGAUAUGUACCGUGCGCUCGGGUAUGGGUGGGGGAAUACACUGCUGGGGCUUGUGGCGCUGCUGCUUGUUCCUGUGCCGGUUGGAUUUUAUCGGUUUGGCGCGGUUCUUAGAGAGCGCGCUGCUGCUAGGUUGAGGUUUUGA